AUGGCAUCAUCGCAGCUCCUUCAAAGGCAUAAAAGCUUGGCAUCACCAGCGCGCAGUCCGCAAGCGCACGCCGCCCUGCUGCGUCCAGUGGUCAGUCGCCACGCGCCCUUCACCGCGGCGACAUGGAACAAUGCACCUGCUACGAGGAUCUCGGAUCGCCUCUGGGGUCGCCGCGCGGAGCUUUCGCGAUUGGUGCUCGUGCGCGCCGAGCAGUUGGACGAUGGCCGGACGCCAGGCCACCCCUAUCCUUGGGAGGAGGACUUUGACCUGCUGAGCGACAAGGUCAAAGAAGUGACAGACGAGCUCACUAAGGACCUUCGGGGCUGCAACAUCUGGCUGAUUGGCAUGAUGGGCAGCGGCAAGAGCACCGUGGGCAAGAUGCUGUCCAACACGCUGAAGUACGCCUUCUUCGACACGGACUCGGUGAUUGAGCUGGCGCAUGACAAGAAGCCCGUCAGCCAGAUCUUCGCCGAGGAGGGACAGGAGUACUUCCGGAACUGCGAGUCACAGAUCAUCAAGGAGCUCUCGCCCUACCGCAAUCUGGUCAUCGCCACCGGGGGCGGUGCCGUACUGCGUCCGGAGAACUGGGGCUACAUGCAUCUGGGCAUCGUGUGCUGGCUUAACGGUGAUGUGGACCUCCUGGCUCGCAGAGUGGUGCGUGACGGCCUGGAAAAGCGGCCCCUGCUGGCAGCAGCAUCAGCAGCAGACGGUGGGGGUGCGGAGGGCGGUGGUGCGUUGGGGGUGGCGCGGGACAAACUGGCCGCGUUGCAGGAGCAGCGGCGGCGGUACUACGAGAAUGCGGAUGUGGUGGUGACGCUGGAGGGGUACGGCAAGGAUGCGGAGGCCGGCGCGCCGACGGCGGCGGUGAUGUACCGGCUGUUGAGUGCUAUAAAUGAAAAGGUGCAGGCGAAGAAGCGGGAGCAGGCGCAGAGGAUGAACUUUACAAUUGAGGGGGCGGAGCAGCUGAAGAACAUGCGGACGAUGGAGAGCCCGGCGGCAGCGGCAGCGGCAGCGGCGGCGGCGCAGGGGGAAGGAGAAGGCCCGGCGCCGACGGCUUGA